AUGAGAGAGCGAGCAGGUGAAAACAGUAGGGGUCUUCGAAGAGUUUUCUUUUUGUGUCAAUUUGUGAGAUGGGAAAAAGAAACUCAGGUGGUGAAGCAGGGGAGAUUGUGUUGUGAGGGAAAAAAGAGUGUUGGGAGAGCGCUUUCCACAUGUUUCAACAAAGCACCUUUGAACCCAAACAGUUACAUAACUGUGCUAUUGUCCGAUGUGUUGAAACCGGAUUGGCGCCAUCAUCACUGCUCAGAUAUUUCUUCUGCACAACCUGUGAUCGAGUGUGAAGAGAGUAACGUUGCGUUGCAUGUGGGUAAAGAAAAGCAAAGUUGUGAGUGA